AUUCCAGCUGCCUCUUCCUACAUUUUCUUUUAAUCCAGAGACCAUCAACAUGAUUCAACUUAACUACACUUUAUAAGUAAACUUCGUAGUCAUUUAAGAUUGCAACCAAGAAUCAAAUAUGGACAAGACAUACCCAAACAAACAGCAACGACAAAGAAGACAGUACCAAUAUUGUCUCAUCUUGAAAGAUCUUUGAAGAGGUGGAACCCAACAUUUUUGGCUAAUGCCGUGAACAGAAAAUAAUUGCAGAGGAAAUACAAUCAAGUGGAGGAACUCCAACUGUCAGUGACAAUUUAUUUGCUCUUUAGCCUUUAAUGCCAAGAUAUCUCACCAAAGAAGAUACGGACAGAAACAGUGAUGAGAUCACCUAAUUUAUCCAUCACAAAGUCAAGAAACAACUAUCAAGUUACACCAGUGAGAACUACAUUCUGGUUAAGGUGCUUUUCUCUUUCCCAAGAACAGAAUCACAAAAAUUUUGUCAAAGAAGAUUGGUGGUUACAGGUUGGUUUAAUUCAAAGAAAAUCAUCACAGAAAACCUCUGUGUUCCUGAUGAAAUGUGGAAAAUGUUGAACGUCCAACACAUGACCUAAUGGCAACAUGGGAGGCAAUGCACCACAUUAGGGAUGCUUUCAAAUAGUCUCGGAAUUGAAACAUUAUCUUUCUAAAAUGGAUUUUUUUACAACCUCCUUUUCUCCAAGAAAAAACUGAAUUAAUCUCAAGCACCAAGCAGAAAUCAUCCUGAGAAGUCUGCAAUGUGGAAAUAUGUAAGAAAGCUUCGUGUUGAGCCUUAACAGUUGCACGAAACAACUCUUCCACGCCAUAUGAUAACAUGCUGCAUUAUCUUUUGUCUAUUACUAAUUGUUUUUGUUGUGUUGUCAGUCUCUGCAUAUUUGAUCUGCAGAUAUUCUGUGUUGUAUUUGUCCACCCAACCUUGGGUUACAAACUGUAUAUAUUAUGUGGUCCCUUGUGUUUCUUCUGUGUUCUUAAUCCUGUCAAAGUUCCAACCUGCCAUGGUUCUUCUGUCAGGAUUUAUAUUUACCUGUCCUGUGCCUUCUCCUUCUGUCAUGUUGCGUGUUAAAUCGACGGUUCUGAGGGAGUACACCAGGACGACAAAGGCAUCAAGAAAAAAUCAAAAGUGCCUGGUGUCAUGAUUACACAGUUUAUGGAGGAACUUCCUGAAGGAAAAACAACUCCAGAUUUCACACGGAAACCCAUAGGCCUUACUAUCCAAGAGGGCAAAUUUGCAUACUUUAAAGCCAUUGUGGUGGGAGAUCCAACACCUACUGUAACAUGGAGCAGAGCAAAUGGAGAAAUCAUUUUUCACCCUGAUGUAUGUCAACAAAAAUAUGAUCCGGCAUCAAAUGAACAUACCCUCGAGUUCCCUAAGGUAGCUCCAGAAGAUGCCGACACCUACAAGUGUUUUGCAACCAAUGAAUAUGGGAGAGCUGUUUGCACCGUUAUUCUGAAUGUUAUUGAAGUGGGAUUCUCCAAGACCAAGGAACUUCAAAAGACUCAAGGAGAAGAUGCAACGGAGUUCAGAAAAAGACUCAAAACACGUAAUCCCGAUGGAACACGUGAGGAAAAGACAAUGGAUGCAAACGAAAAGGUCUGGGAAAUCCUGCUUAGUGCAGAAAAGAAAGAUUAUGAGCAAAUCUGUAUAGAGUACGGCAUCACAGACUUCCGUGGCAUGUUGAAGAAACUUACUGAAAUGAAAAAAGAGCGUGAAGAGGACAUUGCACAGUUCAUCUCACAUAUCAGGACGCUUAAACCUGUAGAGGUCAAAGAUGAUGACUGUGCAACAAUUGAGCUGGAUAUGGACCUCUUAGAUUCUGGCAGCAAAAUAUUUCUGUACAAGGAUGGUGUCAUGGUACCAUUCUCAAAGGAAGAUGGAGAAGGAAUGAAGCAUAAUUUAAAACAAGUUGGCAAAAAAUAUGUGUUCACAAUCAAAAAUCUAAGUAAGAAUGAUGCGGGGCUCUACUCUGUGGAUGUUGAGGGAGUCAAUGUAUUUUCCACAGAUUUUAAAGUGCCUGAAGUUGACUUUGCUGUCAAAAUUCAAGAGGUCAAGGCGGAAGAACGAGAGGACGCUCUCUUUCAGUGUGUACUCACUGCACCAAUGAAUGAGAUCAAAUGGUAUGGAAAAAGCGCUCUGCUGACAAAUAAUGAGAAGCAUGAAAUCAUUGUAUCUGAAGAUAAACUCAUCCAUAAGUUGAUUGUGCGGGACUGCCUGCCUCUGGAUGGUGGCAUUUAUGCUGCUGUGGCAGGAAUCAAGUCUUGCAAUGCCUGGCUUGUGAUUGAGGUGGAGAAAGAUCCAGCCAAAAAGGCCAAAAAGGCAGCACGGAAAACCACCAUCGCUGGAGCCGGCAAUGAUGAAGAACUGCUGAGAAUAGCAAAGGAACAGCAAGAAAGAUAUCAGAAAGAAAUGGAAGAAAAAGCACAACUCGCCAAAAAAGCACAAGAAGAGAAGGAAUUGGCGGAUGCAGCUGCCCGAGCAAAGCAGAAGGCAGAGGCUGAGGCCAAAGCUGCAGCAAAGGCAGCGGCUAAAGCUGCAGCAAAGGCAAAGAGAGCGGCUGCAGGCAAAGAUGGAGCUGUUAAGAAAACUAAGAAAAAAGUAGCUGGUGCUGGGGAAGGAGCUGCCGCCAAUGGGGCCAGUGGGGCAACAGGGGGUGUUGUUGGUGUUGGUUCAGGUAGUGCUGCAGGUGGAGCUGCUGGAGCUACAGGCGGAGGCGGUGCAGCAGGUAGUCUAGUUGGUGCUGCAGGAGGGGGUGCAGGAGGUGCUGCAGGAGUUGGAGGGAGAGAUGGGAGUGGAGCUGCAGGUGGGACUGGAGACAUUGAGGGUGGAGAUGAGGAAGGAGGUUCUGAGGUUGAAAGCGAUGAGGAUUUCUUUGAAGAUUCAGAUGAAGACAUUGAGGGAGAAGGAGUGGGAGGAAAAGGAAAGGAAGGAGUAAAGGAAGGAGAAGGAGAAGAGGGAGGAGAGAAAGGAGAAGGAGGAGAAAAAGGAGGGGAGCGGAGAAAACGAGUAAGAGCUGGCCCACUGGUUCCUGAUACUGUUAUAGACCCAGGCGUUCACUUUCACGCUGGACUUUCUGACUGCAAAGCCAUUAUUGGAGAAGCAGCAGAGUUAGAGUGUAAAGUAAGCAGUGAAGAGUGUGUAGGAAUCUGGUACAAAGAUGGAGCUGAGAUUCAGUCAUCUGAGAGUUUAACAAUUUCAAAAGAAGGAUGUUUCCACAGGCUGAAAAUCCACAAAGUCACAGAGGAAAAUGCUGGAAAAUAUAAAUUUGAAGCCGAUGGUCGAAAAACUGAGGCUGAAAUUGCUGUCGAAGAUCCCCCUCGAUUUGAUAAAGAGGAGCUAGAAGCAUUUAAAGCUCCUGUGACGGUAAAGAAGGGACACAAAGCUACUUAUAAGUUGUCUUACAUUGGCCGGGAGCCAAUAAAAGUCCAAUGGUACCUUGAGGGUGAAGAACUUUCAAGUGAAGGCAAUAUAAAUAUUGAGACUUCAGAUGGAACCAGUCGUUUGCUGCUGAUGAAGCUGCAGCGCAAAGACAGUGGUGAAAUCAAGAUAAAGCUGAAAAAUGUCUUUGGGACAAUAGAGGCUGUAAGCCAGCUAAAUGUACUUGAUAAACCUGGACCUCCAAUGGGACCGCUGGAGAUUGUUGAAGCCUCCUCCUCUGUAAUUGAUUUCAAGUGGAGACCCCCAAAGGACAGUGGUGGAUGCAAGAUACAAAACUACAUCCUUGAACGACAACAAGUUGGACGGAACACCUGGAAGAAGGUCGGACCAAUUGGUCCUGAGGCCAAGUAUAGAGACUCCGACGUGGAUCAUGGAAGGAAAUACUGCUAUCGUAUCAGAGUGGAGACUGAAAUAGGAACCAGUGAAAUGAUGGAAACUGAAGAUAUUCAGGCUGGAACAAAAGCAUAUCCUGCAGCUCCAUCAGCACCAAAGGUUGCCAGUGCUUUUAAGGACUGCAUCAACCUCACCUGGUCCCCUCCUGCUGACACUGGAGGAACCAGCAUUCUGGGAUAUAACCUGGAAAAACGCAAGAAAGGCAGCAACCUCUGGGGCCAAGUUAACCCCCCAAAUGAGAUUAUUAAAGGUAAAGGAUUUGCAGUAAAAGAUGUGGUUGAGGGUAUGGAGUACGAGUUCCGUGUGUCUGCAAUCAAUGGCUCUGGAGCUGGUGAAUUCAGCACUCCAUCUGAGUUUGUUUUUGCCAGAGACCCUAAAAAGCCUCCUGGUAAAGUGCUUGAUUUGAAAGUGACAGAUUCCACCUACACAAACCUGUCCCUAUCUUGGAACAAGCCCAAAGACAUUAAGGGAGAGGAGGAUGAAGCAAAGGGAUAUUUUGUGGAAAUCAGGCCUGCAGAAAACACAGACUGGGAUCGAUGUAAUUCUAAUGCAAUAACCAUGACUACAUAUACGGUAAAGGGCAUGAAGUCAAUGGCCAUGUACUGGGUGAGAGUUAUUGCUACUAAUGAUGGAGGUGAGGGAGUGCCUCAGGAGCUGGACAAUUACAUUCUCGCUAUGCCCCCUCCUGUGAGACCACGAUUCACAGAUACCAAAAUCCAGAGUUUCAUGAUUGUGAGAGCAGGAAAUUCUGCAAGAUUCACCAUUAACUUUGAGGCUUCACCAUGGCCAGAGGUAACCUGGCUAAAGGAUGGCGUGCCAGUGUCUAAAAAGGUCACCAUCAGCAAUGCUGAGGGCACAUCCCAGCUUUUGAUUCCUUCAGCACAACGUUCAGAUACCGGCAUCUAUACCAUCAUUGUCAAAAACAUUGUAGGACAGGAAACAUUUAGCAUUGAAAUUAGAGUCACAGAUGAGCCAAAGCCACCAGGUCCUGUGGAUCUCGAUGAAAACGUGCCUGGCACAGUGACCAUCUCAUGGACCGCGUCUCCAGAUGAGAAGCGGGAUGACAGGCUGCACUACAUGGUGACAAAGAGAGAUUCAGUCAAGAGGUCUUGGAACACCAUUGCAGAUCGAAUCUUCAACAACAAAUUUACGGCCUGCAACAUCAUGCCGGGUCGAGAAUACCAGUUUAGAGUCUAUGCCAAGAAUGACAUGGGCUCCUCUAAACCAUCUGAAUCUCCAAAGUGGCUCAUUCCUGCCAAAAAAGAAAAAUUCACAGUGAAGAUGCCAGAGUCCAAAGCCUGUGACUUGCAAUGUCCUCCUAAGUUCCUUGUCCCACUGAAAAUGCACACUGCUCCACAAGGCUAUGAAUGCUACAUGAGCUGUGCCGUAAAAGGAGAUCCAACACCUCGUGUGACAUGGCUCCGCAACAACAUCAGUCUGAAUACCAACACCAACUACUUCAUCUCCAACACCUGUGGGGUCUGCUCAAUGCUAAUAUUAAGGGUGGGAACCAAGGAUACUGGGGAAUACAAAAUUGUUGCAGAAAAUGCUUUAGGAAGAGCAGAGAGUUCAACUAAACUCGCAGUCAGAGAAUAAAGGAAUCUACAGAAGAUGCCACAUAAGCCACGUAGUUGGAAAUUGACAUGCCUUUUACAAUCAAGCAAAUCCAAGAUAUGUGUAAAAUGUACAUGCAGUGUCACAGAUGAAGCCUCAUAUCAAAAUCUUAUUGUGCAAAGUAAAAUAAAAAAACAUUAAAAAUAUGUUGCCACCAUAGGUUGCGCUAGACUUUUUUGUUCUCUGUCAUUUUGACUGUUGUUUUAGUUACCUCUGCGAUUAACUUUGCAUAAAGUCUAUAAUGUCUGCGCAUGUGCACCAGUCAAGGGUGUUUUCUAUAACCUGUCAAAUGACCGACGGGCUUCAAACUUUCCUGUCAUUUAAGAAAACAACAAAUACAGAAAAUAUUCCUUUAACACGACCUCUGAUUGCCACAUAUUAUUCGUAGAUCUAGUUUUAUUUAUUUAACUUGUUUUAUUUUGUUAAACUAGAAGGCUGAAUAUACAAAAAAGAAAUUAUAUAUUUAUUUUAACUAUUUGCCACUUGAGAACCUGGAAGGAUUUAUUGAUUUGAUUCCAUUUUAAAUGACUGAAUUAAUGAUUUUAUCAUCAAAGUGAUAUAAUUUUCUGCCAUUUCCCAUUAGGCUGUUCUGUAACAUAGAUGGUUGCCAUUGUUUUAUUCUCCUGCAGACUUUGUUUUUGUUGCCUGUUUUCUGCUGUGAGUUUACCCAAGCAUUAUGUCAACUGUUAUGAAAUAUGGUGCAAAGACAAAGCAACAGAAAAACAAAAAAUAUAUUGAUACAUAAAAAGCU